GGAAGGCGGGGCUGUGUCUAAGGCAGCGAGAAAACACAAAUGGGUAGCGACGCCGCUUUUCCCAUUUCUGUUUUAACUUCUAAAAAAGGGGGCUAGUCACGCUGAUCACUGAGGGACACCGCAAUAACGCCAGCACGACCAGGACAAUGUUUGGCAGGCCUUCGGGAUACGAGUACCGUGCUCUGCCGCAGAAGGACGCGGUGUUGCAGUCCAGUCCCGGUCUCUACGUUUCUGCUGAGAGCAUUGUCCAGUGUAGCCACGCAGGGAGCUCUUUCGACUAUGUCCCCAGAAUCUCAGAGAACGACUUUACAGACAGGUCGCAGAGCUGGCUUUCUUGGGUGUGCCACCUGAUUGUCACUUUCCUGGUUUUUGUCUUUACCGUGGUCACAUUCCCUGUGUCGGCUUGGUUUGUUCUCAAGGUGGUUCCCAAUUACGAGAGGAUUGUUGCGUUCCGCCUGGGGCGGGUUCGCCCCCCUAAAGGGCCUGGAGUGGUCUUGGUCCUGCCCUUCAUUGAGCAGUGGCAGAGGGUUGACCUGCGGACCAGAGCUUUCAACAUCCCACCCUGCCAGGUGACCACCAAAGACGGGGGGCUGGUGUCCGUCGGAGCCGACAUCCAGUUCCGGAUCUGGAAUCCGGUGAUGUCCGUGGUGGCAGUGCAGGACUUGAACGCCUCCACGCGGCUGACGGCCCAGAACUCCAUGACCCACCGCCUCCUCAAGAAGACCGUGCAGGAGAUCCAGCUGGGAAGAACCCGACUGGGCGAGGAUCUGCAGGUAGACAUUAAUGAGAAGACGCGGCCCUGGGGGCUGGAGGUGCACCGCGUGGAGCUGACUGUGGAGUCUGUGUUGAAGACCCCUGAGAACUCGCCUCUGGGACCCCUGGUCCUGCCUCCCUCUGUGCCGGGACUGGAAGGGCUGACGGGCCCCAUUCAGCAGCUGGCUAUGCAUUUUCUUGGCAGCAGUGGAGUGUCCAUGCCCUCUCACAGCAAAGGAGACACAGUUAGCUUUGUGGAUGAGAAGAGACCUGUUGUUCCUGCCAGAGAAAAGCAUUGCAGCGCUGAUGAGCUGCUGGCUACUGUGAAAAGUCUUCUUUCCGAGAGGCUUGUCAGCCAGGUUGGGGCCUGUUUCCAGUUCAACAUCCGUCUGCGUGAUGGGCUGGAGACGUGCUAUUUUGUUGAUCUGAGUAAAGGUUCAGGCCGGGCUGGAGCAGGCGUUCCCGAUCGGAUUCCUGACAUCGUUCUGCAGAUGAGUGAGGAGGACCUGUUGGCAAUGUUCGAGGGCAGCCUGCGCCCUUUCGCUGCCUACACUAGCGGCAGGCUGGCAGUUCAGGGGGACUUGAAAGUGGCCAUGAAGCUGGAGGAAGUCAUUAAGGAGAUAAGACAACAGGAAAGGAAAAGAGAAACCCCAAACCUUCCCUUGUCUUGACCACCAAGUAAAACUUGUACAGCUUUGUGAAGUGCAAGGCAGCUUAUUAGUAAUCUCCACUGUUUUUAAAAUAUAACUACAUAGAAAAAGAAAUAACCAUUGUCAGCAAAACAAAAAUCCAAGCAAGAGAGAAAGGGUAGAGUCUGGAUCUGUGGAUUAGACCAAGCAUAUUAUUAUGUGAUCAUAGUUUUAAAGUAGUUAUAUUUAUUUUUUUUUAACUCACAAGAUAGUAUGUAAUGGGUGACAAUUUUUGCUUGAUGAGGAGGCACAGUUUCGUUCGACUGCCUUAUUGUUAUUGUUUUCAGUUGUACCGUAGUUUUAGAAUAGGACUGACACCUGCAGUUAGAAUAAAGCGGGUAAAAAAGA